UUUGGAUUGGAGUUUUGCCCGGACACCGAACCGACAGGGGGCGAGCUUGACGAUUACGUAAAAAUUUACCGGAUCGGGAAAGUUCGGAGUUUGCGGUUCUAGAUGUUGUCGAAAACUUUUCAAUCAAAUUUCAACUAAUCGAGGUAAUUUGGUGUGGAAUUAUGUGUGAUCACAAAAAAAUGGUUGUUUUGUGGAUUGUGACUGUUGGACUAUUGUCAGUGAGAGUGAGUGGUAGGGGAGAACUUUAUGAAAGAAUAGGAUACUUCUGGCAUAUAACGGACAUCCACUACGAUGGGCACUUCAAUUCGUAUCAAGACGUAAGGAAAGGUUGUUGGAGGCCCAGCUACGAUGGAAGUUCAAACAUGAGAGGUCAACGCGGACCACUCAGCCAAUAUGGCGAUUACAGUUGCGAUUCAACGUGGGAACUAAUAGAAUCUGCUGCCAAAAUGAUGAUGACCAGACAAAAUGAAAACGUUGAGUUCGUACUUUGGACCGGAGAUGCUUUAUCCCACCACGCGUCGCGUCAUUUAAAAGAAGAUCGCCAAUUAGAAAUGAUACAAAACGUGACUGAUUUGUUAAGAAAAACGUUUUCGUCGCAAUUUGUAUUUCCCGCUUUGGGCCAUGACGAUCCUUCGGCAAGGAAGCAGUUAGGAAAGAUGUGGAGUCAAUGGCUGCCGACCGACGCUAUGAAAUUUUUUGAACAGGGUGGUUAUUACUACAUAGAAAGAAAAACGCAAAAGCUCCAAAUUGUUGUUUUAAAUACGAACCUAAUGAAGCGGCAAGAUGAAGACGACGAGGAGGCGAGCAAUCAGUGGGAUUGGCUGGAAAAAGUGCUGGAAAAAUUCAAGCGAAACAACGAAGUGGUUUACCUUGUGGGUCACAUUCCUCCAGGCUCAGACGAAAGACACAAAGGCCUGACAGCUCCCAGUCACAUAAUGUAUAAAGACUAUCACAACAAGAGAUACAUCAAACUAAUAAGAAAAUAUCACGCAAUAAUCGUAGGACAAUUUUAUGGUCAUCUUCAUUCGGAUACAUUUAGAGUGCUGUAUUCGGAAAAUAAUGGUCGACCAAUAUCGUGGGCCAUGCUCGCGCCAUCAGUGACACCGAAAAGAACUCAUGAUGGGCCCAACAAUCCUGGACUGCGGAUAUACAAAUUUGAUAAAUAUUCUGGACAGGUUUUCGACUACACCCAGUAUUAUCUGGACCUGUCGACUGCAAAUAGCAACGGUAAAGCAGAUUGGGUGGUCGAGUAUAACUUUAGCACUUACUAUGGAAUUAACGACAUAACUCCGUUGAAUUUGCAUACCCUGGCAGACAAGUUUACGCAAGAGACCGCCGCCGACAAUGGCGUUUUUAAUAAAUACUACAGAGCCAAUUCGGUCCGUAUCCACACUAAAGCGACUACAAACUGUGACGACACUUGUGCGCACACGCAUUACUGUGCCAUCACUAGAGUGGACUACGACGAACAUGAGCAGUGUUUGAAAAUUGCCGUUGGUGCGCUGUCAUCGUCUUCGUCUUUAGUGUUUUUGGGCGUCAAGUUGAAACUAACCUCUGUAUGCUUCAUUGGACUCGUUAUUUGUAAAAUGUUUUGGUAAUUUUCAGUGUAAUGGGCUAAAAAAAUUGUGUACAUGUGCUAUUAAAUGUUAAAUUUAUUUUCAUGUAAAUAGAAUUGUAUAAAUUAGGAAAUAAUCUGUAUGACGUUUAAAGAAACAAUAUUGUAAAUAUUUUUUGAGCGGAUUGAUGUUUUGCAAAUUUUGUAAAAAAACUUGUCUUUUAUGUAAAGCCUAUUUGGUUUCUUUGAAGUCUUGGGAUUAUUUCCGAAAAUGGUGUAAAUUUUGAUAUGGCUGUGGUUUUUUACAUGUACCUACCUUGUAUAUAACGAAAUACUUACUACCAAAAUUAUAUUAAAUGUAAUAAGUGUAGGCUUUAAUUGUAUGUAAAAAAAAAUAUAUAGAAAAUUUAUAAAUAAUAUGCUAUGUAAAAAAAAAUGACAAGGAUUUGUUUUUUUGUUUGUUGUUGUGACAAGUUUUUAUAAAUUUUUUGUUUGCAAAACUAUUAAUAUAUUUAGAGAUAUUAGAUUAUUUUUCAAAUCGAAAACUUAAAAGAAUUUUUACUAAUCUGUGAUAAUUUUCUUAUUAUAAAAUGUAAACUGGUCCAACAAUGUUUUGUUUAAGGUCUGGUCUAUUCAUUCUCAGAUAAACUUGCUGGUAGAUUGCACACCUGAGAGUUUAUCAGAAAGUGAAUAAACCGGCCCUAAAAAAAAAAACACAUACACACACAUUAAUUCCCUUUUAUAAUUUAGGCUUCUAAAUUGCAAUAUUUUGUUUUUUGUCCGCCCAAUAGAACGCGUGUAAAAAAUACCAUAAACUACGAUUAUUAUUGUUAAAAAGCAGAAUUUCCGCAUUAUAUAAAUAUUAAUAUAAUAAAUUAAUAAUUGUCAUUUU